CGUGUGGUUCGCGUGCCGUCGCAAGCUCGCGUCGGAAGCUCCAUCGCGCGCGCGAGAUAUCCUGAGAGCAACUUUCCCGUUUUUUUUUAUCCUUUCUCCGCUCGCCGAACGUUUAUCUCUCCACCCUUCCCUUUCUUUUUCUCCACUUGUAUCCCACCCUCCCACGCUCUCGCCCGAGGAGUGCGCGAAAUAUACGUACACGAGGGGAAGAAAAGUCCGAAGGUGAGUGUCGCUGAGCCAUCGAUGUUUCCCCUCGCGGAGGUCAACGCACGUUACAAGGAUGCCUAACGAGAACACGCCGGUGUGUGCCUGCGGCGUGGUCGUCGAUCUGUCCACGAAGUCACGAAACAGCUCGAUCGUCCCGCGACGACUGACCAUCCUCGUGCCCAAAUCGAAGGGCAGUAAGAGCUCGGACAGCAAGGGCACGCGGAAGCAACAGGAUGAGGCGCGAGCGUCGAAGACUCGUACGUCGAGCGAGACCGGGAGCAGCAGCUCGGUGAUGGAGCCCAGGAGGCCCGCAAUAAAGAGCAGCAAACACGAGAAACGGUUCAAUCACUCGAGGAGGACCCGGAGCGCGGACAGGGCCGAGUCGCAUUACACUUACAUCGAUUCGGGCUCAAGUAUCCUCGGGGACGGGAUCCGAGAAAGUACCAUACCCGAGGCGCUGUACGCCACCAUACCGGACACGCCGAACGCAAGUAUCAGUGAGAUCGGGAUUAGCCAGUCGAAUUCGCAGAGCAGAUCGCCUCUUUACGCUCUCCCGUCUAUGACGUCGCCGCCGCCGACGUAUGACGUCGCAAUCGCGAAAACGCGACAGACCGGCCUGCCGCCGACGUACGAGGAGUACCUCUGUCACAAGUCCCGCUCGCACACUCCGCCGCCGCCGUGGUCUGACUCGAUCGCGAUUACGUCGUCGUCGUCGUCAAACCCGACCUCGAGUACACAGCUGCGACGCGAAUUCUUGGCCAGUCAACCGGAGCUUCGCGAGUACUUGGCGCAGCUUACGCUCGCUACGAGCGCCGAUCGUGGCUCGCAUCAUCUCCAUCAGCAGCAGCAGCAGCAGUUGCAACAAUCCAGAGACCCAUCUACCUGCUCGUCGAAUCAGCAGAUCCUGAGGGAGCAGCAGGUCAGAGCGCAGCAGCGUGCACGAGCAAUGCCUCCCAGAUCGCAGAGCGUGAAUCGGGCUCAGCAACAACGAAUCGCGACGAUGUACGAGGACGCUGCGUUCUGUAUGGAAACGACGGUACUGCAAUCGGCUUUCGACCAAGGAUUCGGCCUCUGUAGCUUGAUGUAAGAGGACAUGCGACGAUCACGGGCAGAAGUCGCGAGCACGCUGAUAAAUCAUCAAUCGAGCUCUUUCGCGAAAGCUUCCCUGGCAUGCGGCAGGCCAUGCUGUAGCUCUGAGCCGCGGCGAGAUGCGGCGCUUUUUUGGUUUUGCCAGAUCGCAAGCAAUCGAUGUUAGCGAUUAGACGCUCUUUGUCGAAUGUCGUCACGGAGUCGUGCGUGCAAUUCGCUGUCGGGUGUAAUAGCGGUAGAAGGUAAAAAUGAUCGAUCACGGCGAUUGAGAUGUGUUUGACCCCGAAUCGGAAUUCUAGUUCUACAUUAAUGCUGCGAAUUCCGUGGAAGAUGAAGGACCGGUGGAGCAUAUUGAGAUAUAACAUCAUACAAACUAUUACCUUCCGAUACUGGGUUACAUAUCGCAGUUUCUUUGAAAUUCGCACACAAAGAAGUAUCUAUUCGAGAAUCAUUUAAUAUUUGAUUUACCUCAAUACCGUAUCUGUACUUAAUCUUUAUUCUUCAUUUCAGUAAAUACGUAUUCAUCAUGUAAUUUAUUCAACUGCAGAUAGGAUAUUGCAAUAAGCGAAUAUUAAAUAAUCUAAUGAAGAUUGAUAGGUAAGUGAGGAGGUAAACAGAACAAUCGAACACGCGUGAUUCCGACGGCGUAAAGAUGACGUCGUUCGGUACGAUCUUCGGUAGCUCGAACCAUCGAACUGCUGACACCUGACGUAAGCAACAUCCGAACAGCCGGGAACGUCUCCUCGUCGAUCUGAGAAAAAUUAGGGUGCGUUCGUUAACCAUCUUUAUCCCCCGUGCGAGCGAGCGUGUAUCCGAUUUAAUUCCAAUUGCCUUCGGUUUCCCUGGCUGGCCCGGGUCGCCAAGUUUCCCCACUUCCUCUACGUGAACGCGCUGGUCGCCGAAAUAGAGAGCUUUGCCGUAACACAUUUGCCGCGUCGUGAGUUUUUGUUUCUCCGCGAAUAUAAAAGCUCGUUCUCGUUGUCCACCGUCAAAUGCUCGUGACGUACUUUUUUUUUUCCGGGGUGGGAGGAGAAAACCCCCGGAGGGCCUAUUUCGCGUCGAACGUCGCUGUGAUUUGUUGAAGAGCGGCGACCGAGAAUAUAGACUGCGCCGAAACUAAUACCGAAGCUCCCCGUUUGACAUUUCCGAGGGAGACAGAAGAGUGAUGGAAAAAUAGAGAGAAGAUAACGGCGGUGGCGCAAUCUUGUUGUUUCUCGAAAUCACGUUAUAAUUUGCGGCUAAUCUAAUUUACCCAACCGCUCGCAAUUGCAUGAUUAAUUCGCCGAGAGAGAAUGUAUCGUGGAACGAAGUUACGAGGGUGGAAAUUAACGGGGAUUUUAUUUUUCAUUGAAUUGGUGGCGAACUUUGCCGCCCGGGAGGUUUAAUUUGAGAUUUCAUAAUUACGAUAUUUAACGCCGCGAACCGAAAAGUUAGAAGCGAAUUGAAUUUUUCCACCCCGCGAUGAGAUACCGCGGCUUCAUCAUCCUCCUUCGCUAGACGACGAACAAUCGCUACUUUUCGGCAACGCCUGACACGCGGAGAUUGCUUCGACCGGAGGUCUCUUUUUGUUGUGCGACUCGUAAUAAUUACAACGAUGGUUAAUAAUCGUAAGGAACAAAAAGCAACUGUUAACGGAACUAUUUUCAUCUUACGUCUGUCGUCUCUGUCUCGCGUUUAGCAUUUAGGCGAUUUAUAAGCGGACGGAUGCUGUAGGCAUUCCGGUAUCUAACACACAUGGUCCUAACGACAUACAAAGCAGAAAGUAGUAUGUAAAGUCGGUGUUAAAAUAACGUGUUACACUGUAGCGUUGAUCUGUGCGCGUUAAAGCGCGCGAGAGAACCACGUUAGAGUUACUAGUCACUAUUGUAGACGUGAUGAAAACGAAAUUAUCGCAUUUCUAGUCGGAUAUUAUCGGAUUCGGUUAAGUUGAAAUUUGAGCGUGUCACGUCGAGCAAAACACGUUUCCUUUCCGCUUGCGCUAUUUUAGCACUUACGGAUCGAGCGAAGUAAAACGUAGUGUGUGGAUGUGUGUAUGUGGCACUCGUGAAAACUCGUUAUCCCACAUAGGGUUUUACGAUAGGUCGGGCUAUUACCAGAUGCCAAAUUUUCGAUAUCGGCCCGAUAUCUAUUUUCGAUACGGGCAGAGCCAGUACUGGCCCGGCAUUGGAUCACGUUCGCACAAUAGUUAUUAGAUUCAACAGCAGCAGCCAAUUCUUGGCCGAGCAUUCGCAUUUAGUUGCAAAAAUGAGGAAAUCAGGAGUGAAGGAUCGCACAAAUUUCUCGAAGGGAGCAAGAAACGCGAGACUUCGCAGUUCAUGCAAGCUGAGAUCGUCCUGUUUCCGACGAGGGGGCGUUUGUUCCUCCUCUGUCUUAUCGGUGAGUUUCGCGAUUCAUUGGAGCAUCAAUCGACACUUCCCGUGUCGAGUGAAAGAAAAAAUAAUCUGUAAUAAAAAACAUAAGCUAAUACAGCCGAAUAAAUCGGCCAAACGUUGGCUCUGUUGUAAUGCCUGAUCCUCUACUAUGUGGAAAACACACACCAUAGUAACUUCUCCCUAUCGUAAUUCGUAAACACUCUACACGAGAUAUUAAUACACAAAUCGUAUCUAUUUGACGCGUGUAACAGAAUUCGUUACGACAAAAUUUUUCUAUCGGUUUUUGUAACGGUUUUCUAUCGGUAUAAAAACGCGGAAAGGCGCAAAAAUAUAAAACAGACCGGACUGCUCGCCACAAGACAGAAUGUGUGUGUGUGAUAUCGAUCGCGUGUGAGCAAUCGAGCUGUCGUUUUUUCCUUUCUGCCGUUUUUCCUUCUUUUCGCCGGAAGACGCGUGUAUAUUCGAUACGUGUAUUUUGCGGUCGGGCGAAAAAUAUCGCGAGGCCAAUGAAAUCGACAGGCGAGAGAGUUGCAUGAUUGUUCCCGAAAUAAAAUUUCACGGGUGAACGCGAUCGUCCGAGCGAUUCUUUUUGCUCGCGCGACGAACGCGCAUGGGAAAAUCGGAGGGAGUAAAAUCGGGGAUUCUCUGAAGAGUGAAAGGGAUACGAGUGUAAAUUUAGCCCGAGAUGAAUCAGCAUUUAAUGCCCGCAUAACGUCUCAGUGUGUACGCAUGUGUGUGUGUGUGUGUGUAUGUGUGUGUGUGCGCGCGCGCGUGUAUGUCCGUUUAAUCGAUCGUACUUCGGCUUUCGUGAAAUAUUAUCACUUAGAAAAAAAAAAUGUGUCGCACGAUAAAAUUCACGUUCUCUUACAUGCAGCACGUACACGUAUGUGAUCGUAUAGUUCGAGUGUCACUUGCAUCCCUUUUAUCCCAAGGUCCCCGAUCGAUCAUUAUACAGCUAGCCUCCUUAGGACUGCGCGUUAGUUAGGUUUCAUCCCGCGGACCAUACAAUGUAUAUAACUCCGAGUAUCCUUACGCUGUACCAGCCGACGUAAUUUCGCGAUCGCGCUAAUAUAUUUAACAUUACCACUUUCGUAUCGAAUAAUGAAUCAUUUUCCCGCCGAACCCCACCGAUAGUAUCGUUUCAACGGUCUCGACGAAUCCGCUCACACUGGAAAAAGGAUACUUGGCAAUAAGUAUUAAAAUCUGGCGAAUAUUUGCCGACGAAACAUUUGAUUACUGCGACCAAAUAAUUUAGUUCCACGUGCUGUAUAUGUACAAUACUGUAAUUCUGUAUAUUAUAUAUUUAGUAUGCGGAACUGAAUUAUUUGAUGGCAGUGGUCAAAUAUUUGAUCGGCGAAUGUUUGCAAAAUUUUCGUCGUUAUUAUUAAAUCCUUUUUUCAGUGUGGAAUCAGCGCGACGAUGCAGUUGGUAGUCACGAUCGAUAAAAAAUGUAUCGAGUGAUGCAUCCCUGUCUUCGUUAAAGCGUCGAGAUCCCCUCGCUCCUUAACAAACGCGAUCACUGUGGUUAUGUGUAAAUAGCGGUUAGAUGUAAAUAAUAGGUGUACGUUUACUCGAUGUCGAUUAUGCGGGAUUCGUGCUAAGUGCGAUGUCGCGGGGAUCCGGGCAGCCGAUUAAAGGUCGAGUCGUUCUCGCAAUCAAGUCGCCGAUCGUGCGAUUUAUUCGCGCGAUCGAGCGAUAAUCGCGUCGACGGAGGUGAAAUCCGCCAGGACUGCCAAGAGCGCGAAAGUUCUAAAAUAGAGAAGCUUUUGACGAGUUUCCGGGGACGUAACGCGAAGUCGCGAUCGCUUCUUCCGCGUACACGCGUCGAUUUAACUUACUUUAGCGUAGAGGGGAUGCACUAGACAAAAAAAAUGGUAUCGCAUUUAAAUAGACUCAACUAAGAUAGAGAGGGAGAGAGAGGGGAAAAGAGAGAGGGAGAGGGAGAGAGAGCAUGUUUUUCUCAGAUAAAACUUAAGCAAAAUAUGUUUGUCUUCUCGAAGUGUAAGAGACCUUCGAUUCUCAGAUUCUACUUACAUGCUGUCUUUCCACUAACUAACGCGAAGGGCCACGAACUUUAUUUCGUAUCGAUGUAUCGCGCGAGGCAGUUAGCAGCAAAAAGAAAAAUGCAGAAAAAAAAGAGACGAAAGCAUCGCAACACACGACGAUGUCGUAAUUACGAAAGUACGCGCAUACGUAGCGGUGACGCAAAACGUGUGGAGAAACACUUCCUAGAAAUUACGGAGUAAGUUCAGCGUCGGUCGCGCACGUGAUUUCUGUUUUCCACGAUCGCUGCGACGUGUGUCUAACACGUAGAUAUACGUACUCGUAUUGACAAAGAAAAAAGAAGAAAAAAAGGAGAAAAAGAAAAAAAGAAAUAGCUCCGUCGUAUCGUAAGAUCGCAUCUCGGCGGUUACGUAGCUCGGGUUUACCACGGAGCAGGCGGAGAUGAAGCUUCUCGGGGAAACGAUGCGUUAUGCGUGUGUACAUUUAAUUUUAGGUAAAAGCCCGCGAUAUACGGACGCGAGUCGAGCCGACGAGAUACUGUCAAUUUAAUAAUAAGAAGCCCGGCCUGACCAUCCACCCACGAGGUGGACGUGGCGAAUUCGUUUCACGCGCUGAUCUCGAUCAGCGGCGCGUAUAAAGGCGAACGAACCGAGCUACAUCGCUAUCACUUCAUACCUGUAUGUUGUGUAUACUAUAAAUGUUAGAGGACCAAGAAAUACAAUGUACU